GAGAUGUCAAUUAAUUUGGCAGAGGCAAUUGAAAUCCAUCGCUAAACAAAAGUCGUGUUUCGGCCUUUCUGGUUUGGAGAUAGACUAGCAUUAUUUCUCUGGGGUUGAUCUUGUCUGGGCUUCUUCCCUGUCCAUAAUGGCGUCCCUCGUCACUGUGUUCUUGCUUUCGCUCUUUGCCUGCUGCCUUGGAAGCUAUUUUACGGAAAGCCGGAAGGAAUUGAGGAAUAAGGAAUUGAGCCAGAAAACUUCCUUACUAUUGGACCACUCAAUUCAUUCCAACCAAAUUGACCCAACACAUGUUCACCAACUCUCUUGGCGACCAAGGGUCUUUCUCUACGAGGGUUUUUUGUCAGAUAAGGAGUGUGACUAUCUUAUUUCUUUGGCACAAACUGUGAAAGAAAAAUCCUCAGAGAAGGAUCAUCAUUUAGAGGGAGAUGCGACAAACAAGAAGCUUACCUCAGAAACUUUGUUGACUAUGGAAGAUGAUAUUGUUGCAAGGAUUGAAGAAAGAAUUUCGCUCUGGACUUUCCUUCCUAAAGAGAACAGCAAGCGUAUGCGGGUCAUGUAUUAUGGACUUGAAAAGGCUGGACAAAACUACAGCUUUUUUAACAAAUCUGAGUUGGAAUUGAGUGGAUCCUUGAUGGCUACAGUUGUUUUAUUUCUCUCGAAUGUCACUCAAGGGGGCCAAAUUCUCUUCCCUGAGUCAGAGCCCAAGAUUGCAAGCUGGUAUGACUGUAGUAAAAGUGAUAAUUAUCUCAAACCAAUCAAAGGGAAUGCAAUUCUGUUUUUCUCUCUUCACCUUAGUGCAUCUCCUGACAAAAGCAGCUCACAUGCUAGAUGCCCUGUUCUUGAGGGUGAAAUGUGGUCUGCAACCAAAUCCUUCUAUGCAAGACCAAUUGAUGGGGAAAAGAUCUCACCCUCAUUAUAUGGCGGGGAUGAAUGUACUGAUGAGGAUGAUAAUUGUGCCACCUGGGCUGCCAUGGGAGAAUGUCAAAGAAAUCCUGUGUACAUGAUUGGCUCUCCUGAUUACUUUGGUACAUGCAGGAAAAGCUGCAAUGCGUGUUGAUCAGAAUUUGAGUUUUCACCCUCUGCUAAUAGACUCAUCACGGUCUACAAUUUCUGCAUUCACCUUCCUCUACCCAAGGUUUUGAGGAGUACACGUGGAGUUAUGUAUGUUAUAUAUCAUAUCAAGAAAUGUUAAGCUGCAUAGGAAUAGAGUCAAUGAAACUCACAAAGAAUUGUUGUUUUUCAAAUGAUGGGGUUUGCUUUCAGUUUUGAUAAACUUCUUGCGUCUUCCUUUGGUACAAGGCAUGCAAUUUUAGAAUUUCUCGUGUCGUAUGGCAAUGUCAGUUCAAAUUUUGGAAGCACCCACUGAUGUUGAAGUCAGAUCCUCAGCGAUUAUGCGUUUCCAGAUAUUUUUGAUACAACAUAAUGAGAUUGUUCGUUUGUUUAUUGUAUCUCUCCAUUAGUUUUUUUUUAUAUAAUUAUUCUUGUAACUUUGGAGGAUACCAUUGAUUAGAUGAGUCAGAUGGGGGACUGCUUUCAUUUAAUUUCAUAA